UUCGGAAAACUUUUAAAGCCCCUAGUGUUGUGGGGACUUUCGUUACUCCAGUUGGAGACGUCAGACAUUUAACCGUUUAUCGGUGUUCAUACCAGGAAAAACAUGAUUACAAGCUUAGAAUGGCGUAUGGACUAACUUGAAUCGGUCCUUUGAGCCAUAUAUGCACCAAACCAACCUAUUAAAAAUCUUGCAAUAAUACUUACCACACGUAUUAUUUGAUAGAAUUUGAUAAAAAGGUCAAGAGAGUUGCUUAUCGAGAGAGAAACCUUUGAAAAGUUUAUUUAUAGAUUUUACAGCAAGAAAAAGUACAUAGUAGACAAAACGCACAUAGUAGACAAAAGUACAAGAAACAAACAUGUCUAUAGCAAUUCAAAGAGAAAUUGCGAAAGCAAAAAAAAUUUUACAUCCAAAUAGUCGAAAGGCAGUUAUGAUCGCAAAGAAAACUAAGAAAAUUUCAAACAGACAAAAAGCAAAAAUGGCUGGUGUGAUAAAACAAAACUUAGUAGGAGAAAAGAUGAUGUGGAUUCAACAACAUAUGGUCCCUGAUGUAUGUCCCUACACUCCGGAGCUUACAGCAGAAUUACUUCUAAAAUAUAUCAGGAGAAAUGAUGAGGAACUGGAGCAAAUUGUUAUAAAACAUUCUAUAGGAGGAAGAAAAAACAGACAACAUGCCAGCAGAGAGGAUAUAAUAAGAAUGACUAAACAAAGAGAACAAGAGGAGUUUGACACUUGUGGCAUUGAAAUCCCGGAUAUUUUAACUUCAACACAAUGUGAGAUGUUGAGAAAUUGGAACGGAGAGCUGAGACUUUUAUCUAAUUUUAAAUUUCGAAGAUUCGGGAAGAAACACUUGAAAGAUGCAUUGCUAAGGAUGGAAAAGCGGACAAUGACAGUGGUAAAUAAAUCUACAGAUAACACAAAAACUAAUGUUUCAUGUACAAGUGAGAAAAUUGAAAGUACCGAAAAAAACAGUAUAGAGGACAAAGAAUUUAAGUGAAACUACUUUGUCGGAAAAUACUGUGUCAAAUAAGUGCUCAAUGGAUACAUCUAUUAAAAAAAAAAAAAAAAUAGAAU